AUGUGCGCGGACCUGAGCCGAACCCAGCGAAACCUGCUGGUCUGUGAGCGGUCCAGUUUCCUGGACGAAAAGAACCGCGUGAGUUCCCAGAUGGAGCAGCUGCGCUUCAACUACAAGGUAUCCGUGCUGCUACCUGAGUAUGACUCCGCCUCCUCUCACCUGGAGUCCAUCCUGAACAGCUUCAGCAGCUUCUACCUGAUCAAGCAGCUGCCAUUAUAUGAGCUGCUGGACAAAGACUUCCUGCAGAGUGCCGUGUACCAAGGCAGCGUGUACGGUCUGUCCUUCAGAACUCGAAUCGACGAGGACAACUGCGUCGCUCUGAUGCCAAACGGUCACCUGGUGUUUUCUUUGGAUAAGGACGCCUUCGAGACGCUGGGCCUUGAGGGCCGACCUUCCAGAUCCAACAGAACCAGCAGCAGAUACGAGGUCACGGUGGACCUGAGGGAUGGCAGCAUGGCCCCUGGUGGGCGGGGCUACCUGAGGCUCCGCCGAGCUCUGAUGUCACACCUGAAGCUGCAGAUGGACUUCCUGAUCUCGCAUCAUCCGGGGGGCGGGGCCUCGCUGCGGCCCCUCCUAUCUCGCUGCGAUUGGUUGGAACGCAGACCGGAGGUCAGCCGGCACGGCCUGAGCCGCCUGGUCCGCCCUGCCCUGCGGUCGUGUGACCCCCACGACCUCUUGGAGUGGAUCGGCGCCGUGGACGCCGCUGUCAGCCUUGAGAAUUCAUCCAAUGACUUCCUGUCUACGCUCACUUGUCUGGAACCGGAGGCGACUGUCAGCCGGGCGAUGAGCAUGUCGGCCUGUGGCCUGUUGCUGCCACAGGACCUGCAGCACCUAGUGGAGGAGCUGAGGUGUUACCUGCAGCAGGCCCAGACGGACUCCUGGGCUUCUGUGACAGUUCAUGGCUUCACCGACAGUCCGGUGUCCUGGGGCGACGGCGGACGCGACAUCCUGACCGGAGGUCACGACCUCUACAACUUGCUGAUGUUCCCCGACCACACAUACCGCCUACACCUGGCCGCUGGGGCACAGAAGACCUGCCCGCCCUGAUGGACUUCCCUGCCCGCCCUGAUGGACUUCCCUGCCCGCCCUGAUGGACUUCCCUGCCUCCUCCAACGUCUACCAGGGCUUCAGAUGGGGCAGGUCCCUAACCUCCCAGAUUCUGAUGGGUUGGUUCUGAUCUGUACUGGAACCAACUGGUUCAGGAUCUGAGGUUGGCCACGAUUUACUGGGAAAAGAACAGUGGACUCGUGUUCUGAACUGUUGGGUUCCCUUAGGACAUCAGUGUUUGUGUCAUCUGCAGCUCUUUAAAUAAAUGUAUCUAAGUUCUG